GAGUGGCCUUUAGAAACAAGAAAAACUAGUCAAAUGAGCAUCCGUUAUUCAAAAUCCAGAUGGCAAGGGACGAAGCAGGAGACGACUCGGGAAUCUGAAGCUCGAUUUUCACAAUUCCCAGCGAUUCCCAGCAGCUGUGGCAUGUUUUUCAUCUCCCCAGAGAGCACAAAGGUCAAGGAAACGCCAUCGCUCCGGAGUUGAAGCGACACGCCGCCGCCACGAGUAUGUGACAGGAAGGUGACGCAGCUCAUCGCCUCCCAUUGGCUGAGCUUCCAUGACGUCACAGCGCCUGCCUCGUCAUUGGUUGAUAGCUGUGACGCUACUGUGGAGAUGUGAAGGCCCCAGGCAGCAGUAAUGGUUCUUCCUCCCUGGUUCUCCCUCCUCCCGGUAAUGUGUCUGGUUCUCUGCGCCGUCAGUGUCUCCGGCCGGCUUGUCAUCGAAGUAGUGGUGGACGCAGGGUCUCCUCUGGCGGCGAGGGCUGCAAAGGACCUGCAGGAAAGUGUCCUCUUCCCUCUGAGUCAAGAAAUGUUCCUCAAUAUCACAUAUCUCAGUAGAAUGCUGCAGGACUCCCCCUCGGCGCCUCCUUCAGCAGAGGCGCUGUUCCUCGCAGCGGUGGGCGGUGGCAGUGGCGGCGGCGUGGCGGGCGUGGUGGUUGUGAUUGGAUGCUGCACCGACGCCUACGUCCCGCGCCUGGCUGAUGAGGUGCCCGUCCUGAGCCUACAGCUGGUCGGAGAGAGAUGUCGCGGGGUUCCCGCCGCCCCGGGAUCUGCGGACCGUCCUCCUUUCAAGGAAUUACAGCAGGCCGGCUUUCCAACGUGUGCUGGGGGACACAAAGAGGCGAGGCUGGACACUUCCGACAUCAGGCUGUGGGUGAAAGCAAUCGCUGAGGGGAAGGAACCAAUAAGGACGAGGAGAUACAGGAUCGAUCUGCUGCCAAUGCCCUCUUCCUCCCUGUCCUCCUCCUCCUCCUCCUCCUCCUCCUCUUCUCCUUUUCCCAGAGUCCUCCCCAGCCGCAACAAUACCUCAGGGAACAAGACGUCGUGGCUUCAGAAGAGGGUGAAGCGCCAGGUGUUAGUCAAGCUGAAAGAGGAGGAGGAGGAGGAGGAGGAAGCGAAGUUCUACAACCAGAGACUUAAAUCAAGGGCUCGUGAUGUGCUGAGUGGAACUGUGAUGACGGUCUCCAUGAAGCACCGGCCGCCCUACGUGACCCUGGUGAAGAAGGGCAGGAUCAUCGCUAAGGCCACGGGUAUCCUGCUGAACGUUCUCGACAGCUUCGCCGCGACCUACAACUUCUCGUACGUCCUCAAGCUGCCGGAUGAUGACCAGUGGGGGUCACUGCAGGAGAAUGGGUGGUGGACAGGGAUGGUGGGCGAGGUGCACAGGAGGGAAGUGGAGAUGGCGCUGGGGCCCACUUCGAUCACAGAGGCGCGAGAGAAGGCCAUUGACUUCACCAUGCCAUUCGACUAUGAGCCUUGGGACAUUCUCAUUCCAGAGUCCAUUGUCACGGUCGACCUCACGGCUUAUCUCUUCCCCUUCGCCGGCCUGGUAUGGUCCUUGGUGAUGGUGUCCACACUGGUGGUGGGGAUCCUGGCAUGGGUGUUAUCCAGGAUCUGGGGGGACAGGGGCAUCCUCUAUCCUGCCAAGAAAUCCUGCAAAACUUAUUCAUUUUCCCUCUAUGUCUUUGACACUUUUGGGUGUUUGGUUCAGCAGGCCAACAAGCAGCCCCAGACAGGACCCAUUAGGAUGCUGGUGGCGUGGUGGUGGGUAUUCUGUGUGGUGUUGGUGGCCUCCUAUAGCAGCAAACUCAUCUCCUCCCUCACUGUUCGCUUCACGGAGCCGCCGGUCAAGUCUCUGAAGGACCUAGUGGAGUCUCGCAAGUUACUCUGGACCUACCUGGCUAACUCAGCAAUGGAGGAAGUGUUCAAGUUUUCAGCACCAGACACACUGUUUGGCAAGGUUGGACAGCUGCACAAGGACAACCCAGGCCUCCUUGUCUACAGCUUUGAGGAAGGUGUGACAGCUGUGCGUUCCAAGAAGUUUGCAUAUUUUGAGGAUAACUCAUGGCUGGAGUUUGCGGUGGCUGAUGACUUGGCACUGCAUGGGGAGUGUCGAAUGACUGUGGUGAGGGACCCCUUCUUCUACACACGUUUUGGCAUCAUCCUGCAGCAAGGCUCCCCUUACCGGGAUGCCUUCAGCUACGAAAUACUUCAGCUCAUUCAAUCUGGCUUAAUGGAUGCAUGGAAGAAACAAUUUUGGCCUCAAACUUUCUGCACAGUCAAUCCAUACGCCCAGCAGCCACUGCGCCCCCUCAACCUGCAGGACUUGUUUGGCACCAUGCUACUCAUGCUGGGUGGCUCAGUCCUUGCCAUCCUGGCCUUUGUGGGUGAGCUGCUCAUCAUCCGCUACCGGCUCUGCCUGCCCUGAGUCCAUCUGCUUGUGUCUCUUGCCUCUCACUAGGAUUGAGCUUUAUUGGUUCUGGUCCUUUAUCUGCUGCUGAUGAAUGGGAUAUUACACUGAACCUCCUUGUGUCUUGUGUUUGGAUGGAACUAUUGUCUUUGGCUACUUAGUCUGGCUGACUGCUCGCUCUUUUGAUAAUUCCUCUUUAUUAACAACAACUUGCACUUCUCCUUGCACAUUUGGCCAUCUUACUUCCUCUCAUUCUUUCUUGGAUUGUAACACUGUAAGCCAGUGCAACACCACACAGCUCUGAAUGCUCCUCCCUACUGGACUUAUCCUAUAUGAGCUUAGCUUGGUGUUAUUCACCAUUUGCCAACACAAACAGCUGUCUGCAAUGAACCUUAUCACUACUACAUCUGUGCAACACCUUCACUGUUAGGGAGAUAUGUAGCAGGAAUGGACAUGUUUGAAUGGGUCCCAGCACUGCUCUGGGCCAGACUGUACAUAAUACUGAUAGAAUGAAAAAGAUGACAUAUGUUAUGGUAGAAGACACAUACCAAGUCUCACUUUUAGAAAAGAAUACCUGCAGCCAUUGUGCAGUGCCAUGGCUUCUUUAUCUAUGUAAAGUACGAAUAAACACAUGCUCAGAAA